AUGGCGUACAUGCAACCCAUGAAGAUGCUAGUGAAUGACUUUUGCAGACCUAAGCAAGCUGCUCACAAGCAACUCACCCAGAAGAGGGAUUUCUCAGGCCUUUGCCGUUUUCUUGGAGUAAAAGGCAUGUUUUGUUCAGAGAGCAGCCCCUUAUUGGAGCAUUUCGAAGUUGCUCAAGCCCAAGCUUUUGCUAGAAGGCCACAUGGCAGUCAUGCAUUGGAGCUUUUUGAAGCAGCUCAAGACCUAAAUCCGGUUAUUGAUAUGGUUGAUUCACACCCGGAUUCAGAAAAGAUUGAUUCAGUUAAGAUAGAAGUUAAGGCUGUUUAUGGUUGUGGGAAUGCAAAAAGAUGGGGUAAGUUGGUCUCGGAACAGAAAAACCCCCCUUUUCCCUUUCCCUUCUCCCUUCUCCCAUCUCGUUCAAAAUACAGACACAGAAGCGAGGGACGGGCUCCCACCACAACUCCAGCUGCUCGACGGCGACCGCCAACCCCAGCUGCUCCCCCAUCACCGGCGACCGCCACCAGCACCGGCUUCUGGCACCCCGACGCUGUCCACGACGAAGGUCUCUCUCUCUCUCUGUCCACGACGAAGGUGACGUUUUUUCAGAUUUGGUGGCUCGGUGUCUUUCCUUCAGAAGCUACGAUAUUGUGCUAUCAAUCCAUUCGACGCAGUCUCUACUCGGUCCGGUUUGCCUCUGAUUCCUUCCUUCCCCUUUCAACCCUCCUGAUAGGUGCAGAUCCGGCGAGUUUGGGGUUGACGGAGAGUCGGCCAAAUAAAAGAGAAGGAAAGUUGGUGGUUUUAGAUUUUGUUGGUUUCGUUUUUGUAUUUUGUUUGGUUUUAGUUUCUUCUCUUAUGGGGAAUCUCUCUCCCAUGUUUGGGAGUUUCUCCCGGUUGGUUUCCCUAGUUCGGGCUAUGUCCAGGUCUGGUUUUCCUAGAUCCGGUGGGUGCUGGUAUUGGAUGUGUUCUAAGUUUCGUAGUGGUAUCCAGUGCUCGUUGUCGCUUGCGUUUGUUGUAUAAUGAGCUGGCUGGCAGUUGGCUUGUGGUUUGCGAGGUUCUGGAGUUUAAACUUGGGAAUCUAGUUCUCCAGGGACAGAGUCAGGAUUUUCACCAUGCAGGGGCGAUUGUGCAUGCGAGAAAAAAAUAAAAAUACAUAUGCAUAAUCACAUAAAUACAUUAAAAUUCAAAAUAAUAUAAAUACGUAAAUCGGUUUAACUAA